GCGACAAGGUUGGGAGCAUCAUCCGGCCCUAUCUACAUGAGAGGACGAGCGACAAGGUAAGGUUAAGACGGGAAGCCCGCUGAGCAUGACGACAAACACGUCGGCGGCGACGCCCACAGAAGCUCCGCCCGCCCCCUGAACGGCCAUCACCACCACCAUCCUCGGUGGCAGCCGCCUGGCGGUAGUAUGAUGAACGGCGGAAGCAGCAGCAGGAAGAGCAGCAAAUGGACCGCUGCCCUUUUGCCUCCCAAACGCGCCUUCAUCGCUAGCCUGUCGAUAGAGGACGUGGCCGGGAUUGCGAGGCAUCAUCCCCUACCCUCUCUGUUGUGCAUUUCCUUGCUCUUCUUCAUGGGCGUGGAGUACACCCAUGGAAUGGUUCCUUCCUUGGCCCCACCCGUGGACCUCGGUUUCGUCCUCACGCAGCCCCUCCACAGCCUCCUCGCCACCAGGCCCUCCCUCAACUCGGCCCUCGCCGCCCUCAACACCGUGUUCGUGGGCAUGCAGAUCGCGUACAUACUAUGGACCUUGCUGGUGGAGGGGAGGCCGCGGCCUACCAUCGCAACUCUCUUCAUGUUUGCGUCAAGGGGUAUACUCGGAUCCGCGACCCAGCUCCCGCUGCCGCAGGGCUUCCUGGGCUCGGGCGGAUUCCCUGUGGGCAACGUGUCCUUCUUCCUCUUCUUCUCAGGGCAUGUGGCGGCGGCGGUGAUCGCGUCUCUGGACAUGCGGCGGACGCGGCGGCACGGGAUGGCCUGGGCCUUCGAUGCCCUCAACAUGCUGCAGGGGCUGCGGCUGCUCGUCCAGGGCCACUACACCAUCGACUUGGCCGUUGGGGUCGGAGCUGGCUUCCUCUUUGACAUCCUCGCCGGGAAUUACGAGAUAGCAGGAGGCAUGCGGCGGCCGGCGAGUACCAGAAACCAGAACGAGUAUGUUGCGCCUGCGACUGCAGCAGUGGCAGCUGCUCUUCAUAGCCAUUCCCAUGUACCACAUUAUAGGCAUGCAACUAGAAGAGAAAAAGGAACUGAAACGUAACAAACAAGCAGCACAGUAAGUGCACCUUCUGUGGAUCAAAAGUGACUGUGGUCCCUUGAAAGGAUGUUCCUAAAUGUUUAGAGCCUGAAUGUUAAAUCCAUGACCCAAAAGCAUCAUGUAUCAUUAGGUCCAUAACAGCAGAUAUCAUCAAACUAACAUAACAAUGUCUAUCACCCCAAAAAACAGAGUUAGUACUGU